AGCGCGUCUCCUUGGCAGCGCCAUUGCGCGGACGCCGGCGAGGGAGGGACGGAGGGAGGGAGCGAGGACGGAUGGCGGCGGCGGCGGCCGAGGAAGCUGUGGCGGCGGCGGCGGCGACCGCGACCGGUUCUGGGGAAUGGGAGGCCCCUACGCGACUGCUGCGGACUCUCACUUGGCUCGGGCAGGAGUUCAGGUCGGACUGGGAGGCCCAGGACUUGCGGGCCGCUCUCUUCCAGCUGCUUUUGCUCUGGCUGCUAGUGAGCCUGCUGGGCAUCCAGGUGGCCUGGCGGGUCUACGGAAGCACCGUCACCGGCCUCUACUACCGGCAAGGCCCUGGAGGACAGAAUGGAGGGACACCAGAUGGAUCCUCCCACUUUUCAGUGUGGGAGAGCUCAAGCGAUGAGACCAUGAAAACUCAUCGGGAAUGAUGACAGAGGUGACCAAAACCAGGCCAUUGUUGUUCCAGGCUCCUCUGGGAGCAUAGUGGAUGCUGAUGCCUGCCUGCCUGCCACCCACCCAGAGGCCUUGCUCUUUCAGUACUGAAGACAUUGUGGCCAUAGUCACCCUUUUUCCUAUCCUGUGGCCUGGCUGAAAGCAAAUACUGGUGCUGUGAGGACUGCUGCUCUUCAUCCACUCACUGGGCACUAAGUCUCAGGAUUGCUCUACUCAGGUUGGGGAAGAAGCUGCCAUUUCCCUCCACCCCCUUCUGAAGCUUCCUCUCACUGUACCCCGGAUUCUUUUGUGGACUGGCUUGGAGCCUUCCUCUUUUCCAUCUCAGAGCCCCUUGUUGGAGUGGACCCUUGUCUUUCUGCAGUGGGGCUCAAAUUCCCUUUGCCUUGCAGCAGGCUCAACUCAGAAGGGAAGCAGACCAUGAUGGGUGGAAAAAUUAUUUCUCCAGUGUGGCUUAAACUGUCCUUUGCUAACAUCUGUCUUGGGAUUGGAAAGCUGUGGAGGCAUAGUCCAACUUAUUCAAACCUUUCAUGGUUGCCUACCCAAUCAACCUUUGUAAUCUGUACCAGUAACUACCUUUGACCUCACCAGUUUUAUAAAACAGUUCUGUGUCCAAGCCAUACUUCAUGGCACUCAUGCUUUAGAGGGGUACAGUGAAGUGGUCUUUGCAGUGGUGCAAUGCCAGAGGUGCACACGCCUCUUUUCCUGCCAGAUGUUGCUUUCUGUCCCCUGGCUUGUUGUGUGUAAUGGAUGGAUUAUAAAGAAGUGAUGGAAAAAGCAAA